ACCGAGAAAACCAGUUACGUUUAGGUUUUUACGUACCUUUACACGAUCUUCUUCGUCUUUCUCACUCUCUUCUCGCCGCAAAAACCCCAAACCUCAAUAGGUUUCUUUCACGAGAUGGCGCUUAGAGGAGUAUGGCAGCUCCAGAAGCUGGUAGUGAGCUACUGUAACUGGGGAGGUAGCAGUAGAGGCAUAAGAGCCUUUAUGGAAUCAGAAUUACCUGCACUAAUAGAGAAAAAUCCGCAGCUCGAAGUGGUUACCGAGCUUUCACGGGGACAACAUCCUUAUUUGAAGGGCAUAUACAGGAACAGAAAUGAAAGGGUGGUGUGUGUGAAGAACAUGGAUCCUGAAGAAGUGCUUCUGAAUGCAACAAGGCUGAGGAACUCGUUGGGAAGGAAAGUGGUUAAACUGAGGACUAGACAUGUGACUAAAUACCCGAGUGUUCAAGGCACGUGGACAACCGCUAUCAAAUUCUGAGUCUUUCCUGAGAAAUAGAUUGCGGGUUUUCUUCCCUCCUAGCUCUCGAAUUGAUUCGAAUCGAAUGUUGGAAGUAUCAGGAUUCAUCAUUAUCUAUAUUUCCAAAAUCCCAAGUUGCUGUGACUUGGACAAACAUUCAGGCUUCAAAUGUUUUACUGCAAUGUUUGAAUUUUGUCUUGUUCCAUAUGGUUUAUAAUAAGAUUUCAGAAGGUUUAUGGCUUAA